AUGAACGGCAGGUGCGAAGGAACAAUCGGUGGGCCAGAAGGGAGAACGAACGAAGAUGACGGGAGGGAAGCACAAAGGCUUUGCAGGUGGCACGAGGUUUCAGUGAUCGAUCGCGAGAAGGAUCGCCUUCUCCGAGGUUCGAUGAGACCGAAGGGUAAAAGCCUCGAAGCUACUGUGGUCUCUGUCGGUGCAGCGAGGAGCUGCUCAAGCAGCUUCUCGGUUGCUUGCUUCAGUCCCGAUAGCUGGUUGCGUAGGAAAUACGAGGAAGAGGUACGAGGGACAAGAGUUGGUUCGAUUGGAGCGACAGCAACCCCGGGAGGGUGUUUGGCGGCAGUUUUUCGACAGGGGGAAAAGAGGAAGUGCGAUGAGGAAGAUAUGAAAAAGAAAGAUGGUGAUGAGGCUGUUUUGCUGCUUGAGAUCAAAAGGAAGAAGAAGAAACGAGGCUGCGAUCGUUACAAAGAUAGAGAAGCGCAACAACCAUCUUCUUUGGCUGAAGAUCCAGAAACGGGAAAGAAAUGCCAAGUAAGGAGUCUUGCAAGUAAUAUUUUGUGUAGAUGCACACCCGAAAGUUGUACCAUUGAUUGGUAA